CCAUGGGCGAGCAGUUCAGAUGCGAGCCGUCUUUAAUAUCCUGCGGGGCGAGGCCAAAAACCUGCCGUACGUGAUCUUCGGUCCGCCCGGACCCGGCCAGACCGUCACCCUGGUGGAGGCGGUGCUGCAGAUGGUACAAAAUCGCAUCUUGGUGGCCGCACCCUCGAACAUUGUCGCGGAUCUCAUUAGCAAGCUAAUCAUUGCCAUCAAAGCGCUGACCACUGGCGAAUUCAUUCGAAUCGUCCGGCAAAGUCUGAUUAAGGAAGAACUCAUUCCACCCGAGCUUAUGCCCCACUGUGCCACCUUGGACAUAUGCGCCAAAGAAACCGCUGAAGACACCAUGCUAAUCACCAAGACAUUUCCGGGCGGACACUUCACUCACCUGUUUAUGGAUGAGACUGGCCAGUCGACCGAGCCGGAGACGCUGAUGCCGGCAGCUCUGCUUUCCAAGGAUCGGGGUCGGGUCAUCCUGGCCGGUGAUCCGCAUUAGUUGCAGCCUGUAGUUCACAGCAGCUAUGGACGUGCCUGUGGUUUCGGCACCUCCAUGCUGGAGCGCCUGCUGAACACUCGAACUAUCGGGCCCUGCCCUCGGUCAUGGCCACAUAUAGUAAGCUGUUCUAUGACUAUGAAUUGAUACCAACGGUAUCCGAGAAGGAUUCCCGAGAGGCCACCUUGUUGGCCACAGUGCAGUCCCUACUAGGUACUGGCAAGCCGCGCAACCACGGUGUCUGUUUCUUUGAGAUGAAGGGGCAGGAUAUGCAGCACCCAGACUCUGCCUCGUGGUACGAUGAUCUCGAAGCCACGGAGUUAUAUCUCAUGGUCUUAUCGCUGUAUUGUCGCGGAGUGACUUCCGACCAAAUUGGUCUUCUGACGCCCUAUGCGAAGCAGGCGAAGACGUUAAGGGGCAUGUUCAUGGACACAGAUAUUGUCAUGCCGAAGGUUGACUCGAUUGAAAAGUUCCAAGGACAGGAGCGCGACAUAAUGCUGAUUUCCACUGUGCGCUCCACUGGAGACCAUAUAAGCCAUAAGCGCAUAAUUUUGGCCAUAGCGCGCGCCCGCGCAUUUUUGGUCAUAUACGGUAAUCCCCAUCUCCUCAGCGUCGACGACAAUUGGCGUCAUCUCAUCAACCAUAGCUUUAUUUCCAAAUGGAAUACAAAUAAAUAUUAGAACGAAGAACGAACGAAAAACAUA